AUGCGGGUGAAUUCAGUCGACUUAUACCAAGCCCCCUCGUCCCCGCCAACUGAGACGGCGACCGCCGAAGAAGCCCUUUCCUGGUACAAGUCCCAAUAUGAGCAGCUUGAGAUCGAACUCGCCGACUUUCGGGAGUCGAGCCGAGAGCUUGAACUCGAGUUAGAAAAGGAUAUUGAGCAGGCAGAAAAGCGAGAGCGCGCGCUUCAAGAAAAGGCAGAAAGCCUCAAUUACGAGGUCGAUGAGUGGAAGAGAAAAUAUCGAGAAUCCAAAGCCGAAGCGAGCGCGGCGCAAAACACGCUUGAGAAGGAAAUCACCACUCUUAGAGACUCCAACCGAACCUUGCAGCUCAAGCUCCGCGACACCGAGGUCGCCAAUGACGAUUUUGAGCGCCAGGCGCGCAAUACUACCUCUUCGCUGGAGGAUCUUGAAUCCAAGUAUAAUGUAGCCAUCGAACGAGGUGUGAUGCUCGAGGAGGAGAUCCGAAUGGGUGAGCAGGAGCGCGAAAAACUUCGCAUCGAGGCCCAACGCUUGAAGGAGGAACUCUCCGAUCUCAAGAUCGAGGUCGAGGUGCUCCAGGACAAGGUUCGCAAGCAAGAAUCGCGCCACCUCUCCAUGAUUUCUACCGAUAUCUCGCGAGCUCGCCCUCAUCUCCACCCCGCCCGAUACCGCCUCGCUAUCCCCGAGAAAGCCCGCCCAAGCGCCGCCAUCGCCGCCUAUGUCGGACGUAUCCGCACCCUUGCGCAAGCCUCGUCCCUCGCUCACCAAGACGCCGGCGCCCUCGACGCAAAGGAAGACCCGUCUCCCCUCGGCAGACAACAGCGUUACUCCCAAGCCUCGACCCUCCAACUUUUCCUCAUCUGUUACCAAGCGCCCCACCACCCGGGUUGCCACCGUCACCCCGCCGCCACCAAGACACCCGCGAAUCGCACCACCGCGCCGCGAUCGACGUCGCAUAGGCUUCCCGCUACCAACUCCCUCUCGCACAUCCGCUCUCUUACCGCCCAAGUUCAGCGCCUCGAGGCCAGGGUCCAGUCUGCGCGCCAGCGACGACACCACCCCAACCAACCCCAAGCGGCGCGAAAGACGACUCAGACCACCGGCAAGCACAUUCCUCGUCUCAGCACAUCUGGCGUUAGUCGACUCUCUUUCGGGCCCCUCCCGAAUAGGCAUCCUGCUGGUGACUCGGAGGCGUCUCUAUCCCGCCCCAGCUCCCGAGCUAGCAUCUCCUCUGGAUACGCUCGACCUGCCAGCCGGACAGAGAUGAACCCUCCACCCCGUCCGCUGAGCAGAACUAGCCUUUCUGGAACGCGGACACCCCUAGGCCGCCCUCGCAGCUCCCUCGGCGGUAGUCUACACGGCCACUCUGCUAGCAUGGGCCGCUUUGACACCGACGAGUUCGACGACGAUAGUGAUUUGCGGACCCCUAGUCGACGAGGCACCUUUUCCAAAUACGAGAUGGAAGCUGUCACUAGUCGAAUCCCCGCCCCGGCGAGUUCGAGGCGACAAAGUGGAGGCCGGAGAGUGAGCAGCGGCCUUGGCUUCAGGGAAUCCGAGCCGCUCGACGAGAUGGAAGAGACGUAUUGA